AUGCCUGUUACAGAGAGGGGGAGAUUGACCAUCACCAGCGCCAGCUACGGCAUUUCAUUGGUCGUCUUCGUGAGCUACAGCGACAACGUCAGGCUGGGCACCCUGAUAUCAGUUUGGAACGGGCUGUUGAACGCACUUGGCCAUCGGACAUCCCACGUACGUGACCUUUCGGCUGGGGACGUUAUCAUGAUGGCGGAGGAGGUUCUGGCCCUGGCCAAACGUCGAGCACGGGAUGCUCGCCUCUCUGAAUGGCGGCGGCGGAUGGCCGAUUUGGGCAAGCCAGCGUCGCGAUGGCUGAAGCAGGACAUCUGCUCUACGCCGGCUUCACUAGUUGGGCCCUUGGCGAUCAAAGCAGCUUUGAAGGCCGUUCUGCAGGAUGUCUGUGAAGAGCUGCAGCGUGUGCGUGAGGGGCGCCUGUCCUGCCCCAGCGGUCCUAGGCUUCCGGACCUUCGCCUUACGGGUGAGGAGCUUCUUGCAGCUGCUCGCAAGAAGGCGGGAGGGGCCUCAGGGGCCUGUGGCUGGAGCGGCGAUGAAGUCGCCAACUGGCCGCUUGUUCUGUGGCAAGCUCUGGCCGGGCUGCUGAGGCGCUGGAAUGAGAGGGGCUCCUAUCCUGAGGUGUGGCAACACUACCGUCAGGUGACCCUUGCCAAACGUGAACCGAAGGACGGCAAACUGGCC